UGCAGUGAGCUGAAAUUGCCCCAUUAUACUCCAGCCUGGGCGACAGAGCCAGACCCUGUCUCGGAAACAAACAAACAAAACUUCCCAGAGUUAGUUGAACAUUGGAAAGGUUCUAAGCAAAAGAAGAGCAUGUGUGAAAUGGCAAGGCUUUUACUGUGUUAGGUUAUUUGGGAUGGGGGGAAUCUUAGAUUUAAGGCUUAAGAAUGGAGUAAGGCUUAAGAAUGGAGUUAAGUGUCUUAGAAUGAAUGUACAUUUUAUGAUACUUUUUACUGGUUUCAUUUUGCUGAAUUUUAAUUAUGAGUGAUGUUUUCAGGAUUUUGGUUUGAAUUAAACAAAACUGGAGCCACAAAAUUGGAAACAAUACAAUUUUUAUAAAAAUGUGUAGGAUCUGCUCAAAGAAGGAAACUGGGCAAUCCCUCCCAUCAUCAUAGAAAGAGCUGCCUCACUAGUUAUUCAUUCAGUAACAUUUACUGAAUACUUAAUACUCCAGAGAAAUGAGAAAGCCAAAGUCCUCACAUUAAAGUUGCUCACAAUCUCAUGGGGGAGACUACUACAUAAUUAUAGUGAGUUCUUACUUAGCAUUUACUCUGUGAGAAAUACUACUUCAUAAUAACUCUAAGAGCUAGAAAGGAUUACCAUCCUUACUUAGAUGAGAGAUUGAAGCACGAAUUGAAUAAGCAACCUACUCAAGGUCACACAGUUAAUAAGCGGCAGAGCCAGAAUUUGAACCCAGGCAGUCUAGUUAGUUUGUGCUUUAAUGCCUGCUUUAUGUAGCUGUUCUGAUUAUUAAGAUAUAGUGUAAUAAGUGCAAAAUAAGGAGAUAAUACACAGUGAGAUCAAAACCUCACAUAGUGGGAGAGAAAGGUGUUACAGAGGCUUUCUGCAGGAGGUGAUAAACUGAUUUUUAAAUGAUAGUGGGAGGUUCAGACCCAAAGAACCAAUCGGCAUGAGUAAAACUGGAGGGAAGGUAAGAAAUACAUGAAGUAUACUGAGUGUGUGUGGAGGAGGGUGGAGGUGGUGACAGGCAGUUUUAUGUUGCUUGAACAUGAAGAUUGAAGCAGGAAGUAGCUAAACAUGUAAGACUAGAUGGGUGGGCAUGGGGGCUUUGUAUGCUUCAAUAAUGAUUUUAUACGUUAGCCUGAGGCUAUGUGAGGGGAACCAUGGUAGAAUAGUGUGAUCUGAUUUUUCUUCUUCAUGAAUCGUCAAAACAGCAUUGCUCUGGGAAGAAAAAAGAAUUAUCUGAGUGAAUGAUUUGAGGGAUUGGUUGAGGAGCCUAUAUUAAUAACUCAGGAGUGAUAAUAGAGGCCUCAUGUGGGCAGGGAAGGUAGGGAUGGAAUAGAUGGGCAGUUUUGAGAAACAGUUAAUGGGAAAAUCGGCAAUACUUAAUGGUUGAUUAUGAGGGAGAAAUUCUAGGCAGCUCCCAAGUAGUCUGGGUGAUUGGUAUGUAGUGGUGGCAGCUGAGACGGGGGGGGGGCGGAGCAUUUUUAAGUGUGUUCUAGACAAAAUCUAAGUCCACAGAAUUAGCACUUUGAAAUAGAAGUCCUACAAAACGAACCCUAAGAAUACGAAUGCCAUGUGCAAUAAGGGACUUCCUGGUAAAGCACUUUUAGCUGAGAAGUGCUUACUGUUUACACAGUGCCCUCUGGUGGUCAGAAGAUGCUGUGCUGCCUCUUCAGGAUGAAUGGAUCAAAAUGUACUUUUCCUCCUCUACUUCUGGAGGGAGAGAGGAAUAUUCCAGAAGCCACUGUGUUCCUUCUGCUUUCUGUGUGGAUAAGUUCAUUUCUUAGAACUAUAAUGCAACUGAACUACAGAAACAUCUCACUUAUUUGUAAGUUACUUGGUUGGCAGCCUCAGCUAUCCAGGGCCUUGGCCUCAUGCAAAAGAGGAAGGAAAUUUGAUCGCCUGUCAACAAAGUUCAGGAAUUAAAACUUGAUGUCUUUCUUAUGAGCAUUUCCCUGGGUCUUCGAAAAAUAUGUAGAUUCAAUUUCAAUAAGUUUUUGUCUAAUUUCACAGCCAAGAAGAGAUUGAAAUGGUGGGCCGCAGGAGAUCAGCACACCUUUUAGAAGUGACAGCUGUUGGCUUGCAAGUCUCUAAUUAAUAGAAGAUGGCAAAGCCCAGCCACAGCAGCUACGUCCUUCAGCAGCUAAACAACCAAAGAGAAUGGGGUUUUCUCUGUGACUGUUGUAUUGCAAUUGAUGACAUUUACUUUCAAGCACACAAAGCAGUUCUAGCUGCCUGUAGCUCCUAUUUUAGAAUGUUUUUCAUGAACCAUCAGCAUAGUACUGCACAACUGAAUCUCAGCAACAUGAAAAUUAGUGCAGAAUGUUUUGAUCUCAUUUUGCAAUUUAUGUAUUUAGGCAAAAUUAUGACAGCUCCCUCCAGUUUUGAGCAGUUUAAAGUGGCAAUGAACUACCUACAGCUGUACAAUGUUCCUGACUGCUUAGAAGACAUCCAGGAUGCAGAUUGUUCUAGUUCAAAAUGUUCCUCUUCUGCUUCCAGCAAACAGAACAGCAAAAUGAUAUUUGGGGUAAGAAUGUAUGAAGAUACUGUGGCUCGAAAUGGCAAUGAAGCCAACAGGUGGUGUGCAGAGCCAAGUUCAACAGUAAAUACACCACAUAGUAGAGAGCCUGAUGAAGAGUCUUUACAAUUAGGUAAUUUUCCUGAGCCACUAUUUGAUGUAUGUAAAAAAAGUUCCGUGUCCAAAUUAUCUACUCCAAAAGAACGUGUAUCAAGACGCUUUGGACGGAGUUUUACCUGUGAUAGUUGUGGAUUUGGCUUUAGCUGUGAAAAAUUAUUAGAUGAGCAUGUGUUGACCUGUACUAACAGACAUUUAUACCAAAACACAAGAUCUUACCAUAGAAUAGUAGAUAUUAGAGAUGGAAAAGACAGUAACAUCAAAGCUGAAUUUGGUGAAAAAGAUUCUUCUAAAACGUUUUCUGCACAGACGGACAAAUACAGAGGAGACACAAGCCAGGCUGCUGAUGAUUCAACUUCAACCACUGGAAGCAGAAAAAGUAGCACAGUGGAGUCUGAAAUAGCCAACGAAGAGAAAAGCAGAGCUGCUGAGAGGAAAAGGAUUAUUAUCAAGAUGGAGCCAGAAGAUAUUCCUACAGAUGAACUGAAAGACUUUAACAUUAUUAAAGUUACUGAUAAAGACUGUAAUGAAUCCACUGACAAUGAUGAAUUAGAAGAUGAACCUGAAGAGCCAUUUUAUAGAUACUAUGUUGAAGAAGAUGUCAGCAUAAAAAAAAGUGGUAGGAAAACUCUAAAACCUCGAAUGUCAAUAAGUGCUGAUGAAAGAGGUAGUUUAGAGAAUAUGAGACCCCCUAACAACAGCAGUCCAGUACAAGAGGAUACUGAAAAUGCAUCUUGUGAGCUGUGUGGACUUACAAUAACUGAGGAGGACCUGUCAUCUCAUUACUUGGCCAAACACAUUGAAAAUAUUUGUGCCUGUGGUAAAUGUGGACAAAUACUUGUAAAGGGUAGGCAGCUUCAGGAACAUGCUCAACGAUGUGGUGAGCCCCAAGAUCUGACCAUGAAUGGGUUAGGAAAUACUGAGGAGAAAAUGGACUUGGAAGAGAAUCCUGAUGAGCAGUCUGAAAUAAGAGAUAUGUUUGUUGAAAUGCUGGAUGAUUUUAGGGACAAUCAUUACCAGAUAAACAGUAUCCAAAAAAAGCAGUUAUUUAAACAUUCUGCCUGCCCUUUUCGAUGUCCUAAUUGCGGCCAGCGUUUUGAAACUGAAAAUCUAGUGGUGGAACAUAUGUCUAGCUGCUUAGAUCAAGAUAUGUUUAAGAGUGCCAUCAUGGAAGAAAAUGAAAGAGAUCACAGACGAAAGCAUUUUUGUAAUCUGUGUGGAAAAGGAUUUUAUCAGCGGUGUCACUUAAGAGAACACUAUACUGUUCAUACUAAGGAGAAACAGUUUGUUUGUCAAACAUGUGGAAAGCAGUUUUUAAGAGAACGUCAGUUGCGUCUGCACAAUGAUAUGCACAAAGGCAUGGCCAGGUAUGUCUGUUCCAUUUGUGAUCAAGGAAACUUCAGAAAACAUGACCAUGUACGGCAUAUGAUUUCUCAUUUAUCUGCUGGUGAGACUAUAUGCCAGGUCUGCUUUCAGAUAUUCCCAAAUAAUGAACAGUUGGAGCAGCACAUGGAUGUUCAUCUGUAUACAUGUGGAAUAUGUGGAGCAAAAUUUAAUUUGAGGAAAGAUAUGAGAUCACAUUAUAAUGCCAAGCAUUUGAAAAGAACCUAAGUGAUGUUCUACUGUACUAAUGUUUAGAUGAUAGCAGAUAAAACACCAAAGCAAAGGAUAUGAGCUAUUUAGGAAUUGAUUAUAUAAGAUGAUUUGUUAGAAACAAAUUUCAAGGCCCUUUUAACUUUAAUAUUUUUGUUUAGGAUUUUAAGUAUCUACAUUUAGGUGUUAAAUGUUUAUCAUUUUUGUUGUUUCUUAAUAGAAUUGUUUUUAGUUUUUCUUAGCUAUGAUUAAAAUUACUUUUAAAUGUAGACUACAAGUGGUUGUUACCCAUUCAAUGACUAUUAAACUUUAGUUUUUCAUCAAUAAGGUGAUGACUUCACUAUUUCUAUGUGGUUUUCUUUUUUAAAGAUUGUGAAAUUUUAGACCCAGAAUCAUUGGCCAUUUCUGUUUAAAUUUUAAAAAUUCUUUGAUUAUUUGAAACUAUCCCGUUCACUUUUAGUGAAUUAGCUACUCUUUAUUCCCCCUUAUUAAUGAAAUUCAUAUUAAAUUGACAAGCUUAUUAGACAAGUUAGGUGCACUGAAUCUAGCCUUUAAGGUUGACGUGGGCUCAAACUUGGCCUUUGAUGGACCUGAGAAAAUGUUUAUAAAUUAAUAUUUCCUAUAAUUGAUGAAAUACUAUCAUUUAAAUAUCACAUGUAAAACUUAUAUUAAGUGUAAAUUCCAAUGGCUUUACCUCACUUGAAAAACUAGUGGGGAUAAGCCAUUUUGUUUUGUGAUAUUAAAUUUAUGAUAGUUAAUUAGGAAGACAUAUCUUGUAUUCAUUAAAAAUAUUUUAAUUUAAAAUAUUCUGAUUUCUAAAGUGUGUUAGUUUAUCAAUUAUUUUUGUUUAUAUAAAUAGACUUUAAUAGCUUUCUAAGAAUAUGACAACUAAAGGAAAAAAUGAUUUUUCACCUUUAAAAUUACAUACUUUUGGAACUUUGAGAUUUGAGAAAGCUUCCUGUAUAUUGAUAAAUCUAAUAAAAAGAUAAAUUAUAAAUCUGGUUGUUCUAUAAAAGUAGAGUGCACAAAAAAAUGUCUUGUGUUUUAUACUACCUAAGAUUUGGAGAAAAUGCGUUGUGGCAAAUUGCCGUUUAUCGCCAUACUUUAUUAUUAUCAUUUUUUUCUGUAAAAGACUAUAAAACUUGAGGAUUAUAAAAUAAUCACAGAGUAUAUAAAUGGAGACAGUUUAACAUUUUUUCAGUUAAAGUAGUAGUAGUGUUGUUGCUGACACAGGGUCUACAUAAUUACAUGUAAAUUAAAACAUUGGCAAAACUGACCCACCAAUAAACACAUCUAUUGAAUAGAA